GCGUGAAGCUGAUGGAGCCGUUUGGUAUAACAUAAAAGUAGAGGCAUUACGAUUGAUAAAAAUUAUACAAGAAUUAGUAUUAAGAGGAAGGAAUCCUAAUUUACAGUUUUCUCGUAUAACUAUACAUGAUAUAGUGGAUGUAUUUUGUGAUGCUAAAAAUGCUAAUGUGUGUGAUAAAGAUUUUACAAGCCUAAAAGAAUAUGGGUAUAAUAAAAAUAAAGGUUCUUCAAGUUUAGUGGAUUCACAUUAUAUUGUUGGAACUAUGGACAUAGCUAUAGAAUAUAUAGAAAACAAUAAUUG